AUGGAAGUUCUUUUUAAUAUUGAUACCAGAACUUUAAAAAGAUAUGUUGAUGAAUAUAUAAUAUAUACAAAACAAUUAGCAAUUAAUAAUUUCCAAUCAAUAUUUAAUGAUAGAAAAGAUAAAUCAAAUAGUUGUGACUAUAAUGAUGGUGUUAAACAAUAUACAGUAACAAUGGUGGUGGAUGGAUCGGAACAACAAAUAACUAUUCCCACCAAUGAAAAAUUAAGAAAUAUGUUAUACAGUGGUAAAAAAUGUAAAUCAACUUUAACUCUACUAGUUUAUUGUUGUCCUAAUAGUGGGAAAAUAUUACACAUAGGGUACCCAAGUGGUGGUUGUAAAAACGAUAUUAAUUUAUUUCAAAGAGAUUUAGAAUUUAUUAAAUCAUUAGAUGAAAAUGUUGAUUCCGUGUUUGGUGACAAAAGAUUCAGGGGUUUAACAAAACAUUUCAAAAAUAUAUUUACGAUCCCAUCAGGUCAAAGAACUGAUUACCAAAAAUAA